AUGGAUGAAUCCCUCCUGACAGCUCCUUCUCUCAACUUGCGGAGGAAUAUCAACCUGCAACAUGAAUCCCCGUUAUUCUCAAUGCUUCCCGCAGAAAUUCGAUCUCUCAUUUUCAUCUACGCUCUCACUGAUUACGAAGACACUGCCCACGAGGCCUUUGGCCGCAAUACAUAUUGGUACCGCCCUGACUACCAAGCAAAACGACGCACAGAAACUGAGUUGUUACGUUCCUGCAAAAGAGUUUUCCAAGAAACAUGGUUUCUACCAUUUGCGCUCGCAGAGCACUGUUUCUUUCUGACUCAUCAAGGGAGAGCACCACGCAAACAUGUCACGGUGAAACGGAUGAAAGAAUACCUGAUCACGUUGAGAGACUUUGCGCGGAAUCAAGAUGGAAUGGAUAUCCCACAGAUUCACAAUAUCCGGGUAUUUGCUCAACUGUGGGCAUUGGAGGAAUCACGCAGGUUACAGGAGAUCCUUGAUCUUGAUGGAUUUCAGCCCAAGCAUGUAACAAUCACGCUUCGAUAUACGGACUUCUGGUACUGGGAAGACAACAGACCAAUACAUAUUGAUUCACGGUGGGUGAAUACCGUACGAUUUCCAGCAUCAGUCUCCACAAUCAGCAUGGACUUUGAGAUGAUCGACCGCCGCAAAACUGAGGUGGACUUUAUCACAGACCUAGCAACGCAAGAGUGGUUCUUUCGACGAGCAGAUGGAAUGGUUCUCAGAGCCAACAAAGAGGAUAUAAUCAUAUCUCGAUGGACCGGAUCUUCAACCCUCGGAAAUUCGCGGUGGAUUAGGGAUGAAUCAAGACCAAACGAGAUUGAUUACUAUGUCAAGACAGUGGUUUGGAAGCCUGCGCCGGGCUUUGAUCCCUUUGUUGGUGCUGGGAGGGAUCGUUGUCCCAAUCUAGAUAUACCCAAUGGGUUUGCUCGCGAGCCAUCUCCGCAUUAUCGCGGAUUCUCGCGUAUUCCGGUUAAUGAUCUGGAGGCCAACGAUAUUCCGCACGAUGCUACUGCUCAGGAGGUUUACGAAGCUAUGAUAAGGAUUUUAAGAGAAAGACAGGCUGCUAUGAUGAGAAGCCGUAGGGGUAGCCUGGGUCAAAACGUAUAA